CCCACCGAUCCCGAAUAAAUCCAUCCAUCCGUCCACCAUUACGGCAUCGACCAACCACUCCCCUCCACACCCAGCGAGCGACACAACCGAACCAACCCAGCCCCGGCCAAAAUCCAAGCGGCAGCGCGCACACGCUCCAGCAGACCAGCUCCCUCUCCGCUUCAAAGCCUCGCCAGUCGCCACAGCACAAUCCAAACGCCAGCCAGGCCAACCACCACCGCCCCGCUCCCGCCUCCCCGGAUCUGCCGCCCGACAAACGGCGAUGCGCGGCCGCUGAUCAGCCUGCAACGGACAGCAAGGAGGAUUCGAUGAAGUGCAAGCUCCACCCGUACGCGAACGCGGUCGGCGUCUGCGCGCCCUGCCUCCGGGACCGCCUGCUCGUGCUCGCCGCCGAGCGCGACCGGGCCGGCGCCACCGCCGCCUGCAGCAGCAGCGGCGCCAGCAGCCAGGCCAGCUCGCCCACGCGCGGCCGCUCCGCGUCGCCGUACGCAGCGACCGCCCCGCACCCGCAGCAGCAGCAGCACCGGCGCUCCGACGCCUGCGCGUACGCCUCGUCCCGCCACGGCCACGGCCACCGGCCCGAGCUCCUCUUCUUCAGCACGCCGCAGGUCGGGCCCUCCACGCGCGCCGCGGACGACGAGCCCGGCGGGGGCGACCGCAACAAGUCCGCCCACCGGCGGCGGUCCUUCCUCGCGGCGCUCUUCGGGGCCGGGCGGCGGCAGAAGGUGGUGGUGGAUGAGGAUCGCAGCAGGAAGGAGGAGGACGACCCUCCACGGCGGUCCACCUCGUGGCUGUCGGCCAUAGUGCGCCGCAAGCGGAGGCCGCCGCCGGACGCGUCGGCGUCGUCGCUGCCGCGGCCGCUGGACGAGGAGCCCGGGUCGCCCGUGGGCAGCACCAGCAGCAGCUGGUGGUUCCCCUCGCCGUCCCCGGCCAGGCACCACCACCACCAGCAGCACCGCCGCGGCAGGCCCGGCGGAUCGGCCGCCAGCGGCGACGGGAUCUCGGGGUUCGCGGUGUGCCUCAGCCCGCUCGUCCGCCCCAGCUCCGGCGGACGCCGGCGCUGCCAGCCGUCGGACGCGUCGUCCCAGGGCGAGAGCCACCGGCGGCACAUGUCGGCCGGCGGCGCCACGUCGUUCGAUCGCAACACCUCCCGGAAGCUCGCCGACAUGGGCAGGUUCCGAUGACUUCCGCCGCUCCCGCCGGCCGGCAAAUCGCUCCUCCUCUUUUCUCCGUCAGAAUUAGCCGUGUCCCCUCCGCAAAAUUGACCUUUUCGGCUGAUCUCGUCGUCGGCGACGGCGACGACGAUGAUGCUACGCUUGUCACUACUCGGAGAUAGACAAAAAUUAAAGGCUCGUUUUGUUAUUUUGAUUUCUUGUGUGAAUGGGAGCGGCGCACAGCUCAGCUCAGCUAGCUUGUGUCAAUUACGACCAGCUCAGCUCAGCUCAUUAUUACUUUUGUUUGAACGUUUGAUCGCUGACUUC